AGAUUUUAGAGAGAGAAAGGAUAAUAACAUUUUUCAUACACUCACAAUUUCUCUCUCCUCUGUUUCUCCACACUUAACCAUGGCUUCAAUCUCAUGUUCUAUCCAAUUUGCAAUCAAUUCAAAACCUUCAACUUCUCAUUCAUCAACCUCUCGUGUGUUGAACUUGCGAAAUGGGUUUCUGGGUAUGCCCACAAACGUAAGUGGGCCCAAAUUUAAGCCCACUACGAAGCUGGGACCCACUAAUGGUGGCAGAGCUAAGUGUUGGUUCAAGUUUAAUGCUGAAGGUGCUGGCAUUUAUGGUAGCCAAUCUCGUGAUGAUUUUGAUAGAGAUGAUGUUGAACAAUACUUUAACUACAUGGGAAUGCUUGCUGUGGAGGGUACAUAUGAUAAGAUGGAAGCACUCUUGAACCAGAACAUCCAUCCUGUAGAUAUCCUACUGUUGAUGGCUGCCUCGGAGGGUGACCAACCGAAAAUUGAAGAACUACUGAAAGCUGGAGCAAAGUAUGACGUAAAGGACGCUGAUGGAAGAACUGCCCUUGAUAGAGCUAGUGAUGAGAUCAGAGAAUUCAUACUCAAUUUCAAAGCACAAAAGGCUUAACAUAUUAGUAGGCCUAGUAGCAGUGUUUGAGUCCUGCCUUUUCUUAUCAUCUUCUGUUUAGAUAAUUGAGAUUGUGGUAUCAACACGAUGAUACCACCUUCCUUUUUGUGUGAGAGAGUCUAGGAAGAAUUUUUGCUACUUAAUGUAAAUCAGGUCGAAUUGCUGUAUAACAUGGCUAUAUCGAUAUUUAGAUGUUUAUUUACUUGCUCCCUGUGUUCCUUAUUAUCAGACUGCUUAGAAAGUCAUUGAACUGUUGUCAAUUUAAUUUACCAUUGCAAUAUAAAUGGCUGUUUCGG